AUGUCUUCUCGGAAGAAACUAACCCUACAGAGCUCCGACGGCCAGACGUUCGAGCUAGAAGAGUCUGUCGAGACAAUGUGCUCAAACCUCAGAAACGUGAUCCGGGACAAGGUUGACUGCGCGUCUUCGGUGUGCACCAUUCUUGUGCCCGGUGUUGACGGGAAGACUCUCGCGACGGUGAUCGAGCAAUGCAAGAAACACGCGAACACGGAAGCCGGUGGAGCGGGCGACGAUCUCGAGCGGUGCGACUUGGAGUCUUUGGGCAAAGAUGAUCAGGAGGUUCUGGUGCCCCUGUUUGUGCACGCCCUGCUCUUUUCAGCAAUUUGUCUCGACGUCAAGGACCUGGCGGCUGCGGUUGUGAAGAAAAUCUGA